AUGUAUUGCUUUUUUAAAACCACAACAACAACCAAAAGAAGUUUUCUUGAACUCUAACCUAUGGUUUCCUAGUUGCAACAACAUGAAGUCCUAGCAAUACAGUAUGCAGAACAUCUGAGAAAUUAAAUUAUGUUCGGCAACUUUUAAUUAAUUCCAACUUAUAUUUAAACUUUCUUUAACAACUUGAGGCCAAUCCUAAAUAGACAAUCAUUCUUCCAUCCUUAAUUCGAAUAUCAACCAAUUGUAAGCAACUCUUAAUUGAAGUCUCCAUAAAAUAGUUAAGAAGCUUUUGAAGUAGAUUACUUAAUGUUAUUAUACACAUUCUGUUGUGAAUCUUUGUGUCAUUCAUUUGAGCAAAUCAAAAAUAUUAGAUAGGCAAUUAUUGAAGACAGAUUACCGAAUCCUAACGAUGUAGCCUACAUUCUUGAAAAAUUGAAAGCAGCAUACGCUUUGAUCAAACAUGCCCAAGUGAAUUCAAAUUCACUACUACCGAACUUACGUAAUCAAAGGCCUUAAGAAUUUAAAGAAUUUACAGAAAAAUUUCCUUUUAGAUUUAAUACUUACAUUAUUGUGAUGACAAACUUAAUCUAUUUUGAAAAAUUGAGGGAAACGAAUAAUUAUUAGAAUUUGAUUAGGCGAUAAAAUUUAUGUGGUACAAUGGUAAAUAUGUUAAUAUAAUUUGGGAAUUUAUACGACGAUCGAUUAGGAUAGUACUUAUAUUACUUAUCAUUCUACCUAAAAUGCCUAGGUUACAAAUGUAUAAUUGAUAGGUACGAGUACCAAAUUUAAUAAAAUGAUUAUGCAGAGAAAAGUUAUACUGUUAUGAGUUAAGAAAUCCUAGAAAUAAGUUCAGAAAUUAAAAACAUUUGUUAAAUAAUAUUAGUGACAAGGGAUUUGAAUGAAGAUUAUAUGGAUGUAUUCAAAAUAUAGGCGGAAAGAUGGAUUCAAUUUUCAGAUACUCAAGUUAGAGUUUAUUCAGGCACUAAAAGAAAUCAAUAAAUAAUCUAUACUAAUGAUUCGAUUUUACUAAACUCUGGCCAUUUUAAUUGUUUGGAUUGAUUAAUUAUGAGAUGUUACUCAAUAAUUCUAUUUUU